AUGGUCAUCCUCAUCGCUAAGAAGGCAAGAGAUUUGCAGGAGACCUUCAACAGAUUGGUGAAUGAGCUCGAACGACAUGGUCUCAGAUGCGAAGGGCAAGAUCUACAAGACAGCUGUGCGACCUGCCUGAUGUACGGAGCGGAGUGCUGGACAAUGGCAAAAAAGCACGAACAGCAGUUGCACACAGCGGAAAUGAAGAUGCUGCGCUGGGCAGGCGGUGUUACCCGUCUUGAUAGAAUACGCAAUGAGCACGUGAGAGGCACUUUCAGAGUGGCCCCUAUUAUUGACAAAGUAAAGGAAAGCAGGCUUAGAUGGCACGGCCACAUAAUGAGACAAGAUGAUCGUUUCCCAGUUAAAUCCGUCCUAAAUAUCCCCACUAAAUCCCUGGGAAGAGGAAAACCUCCUGACACAUGGUGGUCCAAUAUCAAGCGGGAGAUGAAAGCCCAGAACCUUACCCCUAUGACAACCCAGAAUAGAGCGUCCUGGCGCCGCCGUACAAGGAGGCCCGACUCCAGAUAG